UCAAUUUUGCUCAUACAGAUUUUAUUAUUUGUUUCCUCAAAAAAAAAAAAACACACAAAAUGAGAAGCUUUCUCUACCUACUCGUAGUAGUGUCUCUCUUCUCAUCAUAUGUUAACGCAUGUGACCGAUGUCUUCACAGUUCUAAAGCAUCUUAUUUCUCAUCUGCCUCUGCUCUCUCUUCCGGAGCUUGUGCUUAUGGCUCUAUGGCUACCAGUUUCUUCGCCGGACACAUUGCGGGAGCUAUACCUUCCAUUUAUAAAGAUGGUGCUGGCUGUGGCGCUUGCUUCCAAGUUAGAUGCAAGAACCCCAAGUUGUGUACCAGUAAAGGAACCAUUGUGAUGGUCACAGACUUGAACACGGGCAGCCAAACCGAUCUUGUCCUUAGUAGUAGAGCUUUUAGGGCUAUGGCUAAGCCUAGUGCUGGUGCUGACAAGUAUCUUCUCAAACAAGGCAUCGUCGACGUUGAAUACCAAAGAGUUCCUUGCAAUUACGGUAAAAGGAAUUUGCACGUGAGAGUGGAAGAACCAAGCAAAAAGCCAAACUACUUGGCGAUAAAGCUUUUAUACCAAGGAGGCCAAACCGAAGUGGUAGGCAUCGACAUUGCUCAAGUUGGUUCGUCAGAAUGGAGUUACAUGACUAGAAGCCACGGAGCCGUGUGGGCUACUGACAAAGUACCAACCGGAGCUCUACAGUUUAGGUUCACGGUGACAGGGGGGUACGAUGGCAAAACGGUUUGGGCAAAGAGGGUUCUUCCGGCCUCAUGGAAAGCGGGGAUGAUCUACGAUGCCGGGGUUCAGAUCACCGACAUUGCUCAAGAAGGUUGUGAUACAUGCAGUCACAUAUGGCACUGAAUCAUUACAAUUCUUCUUAUUUAGGCAAACAACAAACAAGUACCAUUCGAUUAUAUAUUAGAAUUUAUUUAUACGAAACAAGAGGACUAAGAAGAUCUAUAUAUGUGUUAUAUGUACACGGUACACUACUCAAGAACCAAAGUUCAUUCUAAAAAAAACUAGAGUCACUAUACAUUGCAAUAUACAAGCAAACUAGA